UCUUGGCGAUGGCGAGCGGCGUCUUUGCGAUCGAUCAGAUUACUAGGAAAGAAGUUGGUUUCUCUCAAAACAUGAAAAAUACACUCAAUGGUACACACAGCGGUUUUGUUGCUGCUGCAAAUCCAGGUACUUACAUAACAGUGAUCCAUUCGGUCCAGUUGGAGCCUGGAACUUCAGUCGGUUGUGAAUCGUCGUCGCUGCUCUCGACAUCCGCUGGUCGACGCGAGCGUUGUUUGUUACCGUCCGAAUCUCAAGUCGACAAGAGGCCUCUGUCAGUAACUCCACAGCGUGUCCAUUUCCGCCGACGAAGAAGACGGAGCAACCGCUCGGUAGAGAUUCGGUGGGACUUCGUCGGUGCCAGCGGAAUCCGUGAGAGAGAACGAAGCUCCGGAGGGGAAGUUUUGCUGAAGAGUGGUGGUGCACAGAGCAAGGUAGUGAGGGUGACUCUCGUUCAACCAUCCGGCGGUGUUUACGUCCAUGGGCUGGUAUACGGGUUGAUGCAUCGGCGGUGCGGACUUGGGCUCCACCUUGCACGCCCGUAUGCCAGCUUUGGCCACCGAGUAUGGACCGCUCAGCGACCGUGAAAACUGGUCGAGAGCCUUGAGCGAGUUGAUGUCCGGGACGAGAGGUUGGCUGGGCUGGUUUUGGAGGUGGUGAAACGUUGAGAAGUCGGGCCUUGGCUUGGAAUAGUUACCGGUGGUGGUGAAGGUGUACGAUUCGAGUGCUGGUAAGCUGCCAAGGUUGGCUUGAGCCGCGAAACAAGUUGGAAGCUUUAAUUCGCUAAUGUCAGGCGGUGCUGCUGCUGCUGCUAUAGAGGGGUGGUGCAGCAUUGUGUC